AUGGCAGCUGCAACCGCUGGGGCACUCGGACGAAUCAGACAUUCGUUUUUAAGAAGACAACUUUUAUCGUUCAGAAGACAGUUACCAUGCACACAGGCUCAGAGAAGUGUGUCCAGUCUCAUAGACUUGCCAGAGACCCAUGCCCUCCUAAGGAAAACAUGUCGAGAUUUUGCCGAAAAUGAGCUUAUGCCAGUUGCUGGGCAGUUGGACAAAGAACAUAAAUUUCCACAAGAGCAGGUGAAGAAACUAGGAGAGCUAGGACUUUUGUGUGUGGAUGUACCCGAAUCGGAAGGAGGGACAGGUCUUGAUUACCUGGCAUAUGCAAUUGCUGUUGAGGAAAUCAGUCGAGGGUGUGCCUCAACCGGCUGUAUAAUGAGCGUCAAUAAUAGCUUGUAUCUGAGCCCUAUUAUGAAGUUUGGAACUAAAGAACAGAAGGAGAGAUUUUUGAAGCCAUUUCUCAAUGGAGACAGCAUUGGGUGUUUUGCCUUGAGUGAACCAGGAAAUGGCAGCGAUGCUGGAGCUGCUACAACGACCGCACAACUGACAUCAGAUAAAUGGAUUUUGAACGGCACCAAGGCAUGGAUCACAAACGGUUAUGAAUCAGCUGCUGCAGUGGUAUUUGCUACCACAGAUAAAAAACAGAAACAUAAGGGAAUAAGUGCCUUUCUGGUGCCCAAACCAACAGAUGGUCUUUCACUGGGCAAGAAAGAAGACAAGCUUGGAAUCAGAGCAACUUCUACAUGCUAUUUGAUCUUUGAAGACUGCAGUAUUCCCCAGGACUGUUUGUUAGGACAACCAGGCAUGGGCUUCAAAAUUGCAAUGCAAACCUUGGAUGCUGGACGAAUUGGCAUAGCCGCACAAGCGUUGGGGAUUGCUCAGGCAUCUUUAGAUUGUGCGGUGGAGUAUGCCACAAAAAGGCAGUCGUUUGGAUCUCCUAUUGCCAAACUCCAGGCCAUUCAGAUAAAAGUUGCAGACAUGCAAGUGCGUGUCGAGAGUGCACGUCUACUGACAUGGAAGGCAGCAAUGUUGAAGGACGCAAGAAGGAGUUUUACAAAGGAGGCAGCCAUGGCAAAGUUAGCAGCAUCUGAAGCUGCAACAUUCAAUGCUCACAGUGCGAUCCAAGUGCUAGGUGGAAUGGGGUAUGUAACAGACAUGCCAGCAGAACGCCACUAUAGAGAUGCUCGAAUUACAGAGAUAUAUGAGGGAACCAGUGAAAUACAACGUAUUGUCAUCGCAAGUAAUGUAUUCAAGGAGCUGGGACAUAAUUUGUAA